UGCUGUUGUAUGACGUCACGAAAACAUGGCGGCGCUCUGGGAGAUUUGCAGAGUUACUAUAAACAUUUAAUUUUUAAGAGAAUAAAAUCCAUCAGUGAGUGAAAUACACACACCAAAGUUUCCGUAUUAUAUGAUGUUUAGCACACGUUUGCAGAGACGUGAAAAACGGUAAACAAUCUUCUGUAUUUAUACUCAUAAACCUGUAAAAACUACUGCCAUUGUAGUUUUGUUUGUUUCUACAUUAUUCGAGUAUCGGACAAUAGACCGCCGCAUGUUUGAAAACCGGAUCAAGUAGGAAUAUCCAGCAUCCGACAUUGAAUAAUACGGGCUAACUGCAUACACGUACAUUAGAGAUUAAACAGUGCUGUAAAUAAGAAGAAUAACUCCAGGUGUUACAACUGAGAUCUGAGUGAUAAAUCAUUGUAAAAUGAUGUUUAUUAAAGAAGAGAGUGAGGACAUGAGUUAUCCAGAACCAUGCAGUUCAAAUGCCAUGAAAGAUGAAGAGACUGAGGAACAAAAAGAUCUGAUGGACGUUAAAGAGGAAAGUCAAGAACUGAAUGAAGUGGAAGAGAAACACCAUCCAGAUCAGACACUUUAUAGUUUCAAAACGGAACAAAACACUUUUAGUGGCUCACAGGCUGAAAAUUAUUUCUCACAAAAAAGAACUAAAAGAACAAGAGUAAAACUUUAUUUCACCUGCCAUCAGUGUGGGAAGAGUUUUACAUGUAAAUCAAGUCUUAAUAGGCAUAUGAGAAUUCACACUGGAGAGAAGCCUUUCACAUGCCAUCAGUGUGGGAAGAGUUUCAAAUGGGCAUGUGGUCUCAAAAAUCAUCUGUCCUUGCACUCUGGAGAAAAGUCAUAUAGCUGUGAUCAGUGCUGCAAAACAUUUUCUUCAGCUUCACUCUUAAGAACACACUUGAGAAUUCAUGCAAAUGAGAAACCUUACUUGUGUUCACUUUGUGGAAAAAGUUUUUCACAUCUGUACAAUUUUAAAGAGCACCAGAAAAAACACACCGGUGUGAGAGAUCAUGUGUGCUUUGAAUGUGGGAAGGCCUUUUACAGAGCUUCUAACUUGGAACGUCACAAAAGAAUCCACACUGGAGAAAAACCUUACAAGUGUUCACAUUGUGGAAAGAGUUUCACUAAUUCAGGAGACAUGAAAGCACAUGAGAGAGUGCACACUGGAGAGAGGCCUUACCACUGCACUUCAUGUGGGAAGAGUUUCAGCUCAUCAGGAGUCUUGAAAAAGCAUGAGAGAAUGCAUACUGGUGAGAGGCCAUACCACUGCACUUCAUGUGGAAAGAGUUUCAUUACAUCAGAAGUCUUGAAGAAACAUGAAAGAGUGCAUACUGGUGAGAGACCAUACCACUGCACUUCAUGUGGGAAGAGUUUCGCCCAAUCAAGUUCUCUACUGACUCAUAGAAAAAAUCAUUGUCCAGGGUUGUCAAAGUGAGCAAAGUUCAUCUUUAUUCACCUCUAUAAGGAAGUCAAACUAUUGCUGUUGAUGCUGUGAAAUGCAACAAAUUCUGUAUGAAUUCUUUUAUAUAAAAUCUUCUAAUAAAUAUCUAAUGAAACUUGGAAAUAAAAAAAGACUAAAUACAUUUUGAAUUUCAUUUAAGGACUCCACAUAAUUUUUAGAUCUCUAAUUAAAUAAGCAAAUUUGUCACAUUGACUGUUAAUUAUUUUUGUUCAAAAGGUCAGUUUUUCUUGCUUUCAUUAAAGAACAUACUAAAAUGUU